AUGGGCUACUACACAAGGCGACCAACGAAGCCGGAUCUACCAUUCGGGAGCCUGUCGUUUGUCAUUGUUGGUGCAGGUAUUGCUGGACUCACGGCCGCACUGGCAGUGAAGAAACAAGGGCAUCAUGUUGUCGUAGGUUACCAAUACCCAUCACCAGUCACUGCAUGGGCUUCAUCAUCGGCUGAAGAAACCCUACAGGUCCUCGAGAAGUCCAAGUUUGCUACGGAGCAAGGUGCAGCUCUCGCCUUGUCACCAAACUGUUCAAUCUUGCUGAACUGGCUUGAUCUCCGGCCGGAGAGCUUUGGAUCAGAUCUGAUCCACCACUUCUACACACUGCGUGCAUGGUAUCCAAGAUUGACGUCCAUGAAGGAAGGAUCACCUUGGAGGAUGGCCGCCGAUUUCACGGUGACGUUUUGCUUGGAGCGGAUGGGGUUCACGUACGUCCUUUACUACAUGUUGCAAACUUUGGCUGACCAUGAGCAGUCUAUGACCAGGAAACAAGUCUGCCUGGAAGCAAAACCCAAAUCAUCAGGUUUUAGUGCUUUCCGAUGGCUUACACCAAUAGAAAAAGUUGCCGCAGCUCUCGGCGACAAAGGACCUGUGGAUGUUCUACAGAGCCCUGGUGCGAUGUUGCAAUGGGACGAUACAAGUCGCAGGCUUCUGGCAUACCCAUGUGCCAACAAUACGAUCUACAACAUGUUGGCUUAUGUACCCAGUAGUGCGGUCGGAGUUAUUGAGGAGGGCAGCUGGAACAGUAACGGCAACAAGGGCAAUCUGGUACAAGCUUUCUCAAAGUUCUCGCCCGAAGUGCAGCAGCUUGUGGGCGAGGCAGAUGAUAGUCUCAGAGUUUUUGCACUCUCUGAUAUCGACCCACUGCCGACUUGGGUGAACGGAAGAACUGCUCUGCUGGGUGAUGCUGCACAUAUACUGCAACCAUACGUUGGUCAAGGAGCAUCUAUGGCUAUCGAAGACGCUCUCUCCAUUGCUACGAUGUUCCCUCUCGGAACCAGACCUGAUGAUGUUAAUGCUCGCCUCCGACUCUACGAAAAUGCAAGAAUGAGCCGGACGAAUAUGGUUCGCGACUGGGCCCUCAAGAAUAGUCCCGGAUCCGUACCCUUAGCCUCAGAGGGAUCGUGGUGGUUUUCAUCCGCCGUCACGAAGCUGACCACUUGGAGGGUCUUGGCACAGACCGCGAUGUUCAUGCAGCAGACAUUUGGUCACAACGAGAUCGACCACUCCAACAAGAUAUUGCAGCAGGCUUUAGCUAGGCGACCGAGCUUGGACGUGGAUAUUGGCAGGAGAAAAUCGAGCAUCUGGUCUUUUGUACUUGGCGAAGGGCAGACAGUAAAGACUUGA